CCUGGAGCGAAGAGCCCGCACAUUGGACGCUUUAAAUAGGUCUUUUUUUGCUGUCCUUGGACGUGUUGGAGAAAUAGAUACUUUUGUUAAGAUUACCCAGUUACAAAAGCGGAGUGAUUUUUUUUUUCCAAACUAAGUUAAUAAAUAUCAAACAAGCGAGGGAACCAGAGACAAGAGGACGUAGUGAAGUCGCCACUGAAGGAAAAGGACAAUUCGGAUUCCCCGAUGGCCAUGGCUGUGGACUUUAAAACUUAUGUAGAUCAGGCAUGCAGAGCUGCUGAGGAAUUUGUCAAUAUUUACUAUGAGACAAUGGACAAAAGAAGACGGGCACUAACCAGGCUGUAUCUGGACAAGGCCACUUUAAUAUGGAAUGGAAAUGUUGUUACAGGGCUGGAAGCCCUAGCCAAUUUUUUUGACAUGUUGCCUUCUAGUGAAUUCCAGGUCAAUAUGUUAGAUUGCCAGCCAGUUCAUGAGCAAGCUACUCAGGCCCAGACCACAGUUCUUGUUGUGACCAGUGGAACUGUGAAGUUUGAUGGCAACAAGCAACACUACUUCAACCAGAACUUCCUGCUGACUGCUCAGACUACUGCUAACAAUACCGUGUGGAAGAUUGCAAGUGACUGCUUCCGUUUUCAAGAUUGGGCUACUAUUUAAAGGGGGCAGAAGUCCAUUCUUUUUUGGUCCAUUAGUUCCAGCAACAGAAAUUUAUGUGAGUUAUUAAUUCAUUUCAUUGUGGAAGCGUUAAAAACUAGUAUGUGCCGAAACUAAAUUUCUUUAAUAUUUUUUAUUCCUAGCAGCACCUUUUCUAGCAGCUGCCAAUUUGAAUCAUUGCCCUUAAGAGCUUUAAUGCUAGUUUUCUACAUGCCUUAUACAUGUUUCACUAAUGACAUUCUUACAGUAACAUUAUAUCCAUGAUCGCUGUAUUAGCAUACUCACUGUGAGCCCAGCAUAUUGCAAAAAUAAAAUCCUUUUAUAGUACUAUCUAUGGGAUAUCAGCACAAUGUAACUUUCUGGGAGGAAGUGGAGUGUUUAUUGUUGUUGUUAUUAGGUGAAUUUAGGUUAAUUUUGUAGUAUGACAUGUACUUUUUCGUUUAACACUGGUAAUGCAGUUUAUGUAUAAGACUUUUUCAAAGCAAUUUAAUGAACACAUUACUAGUUUAGGUUUACGUAACUACUCUGACAUACUAGAAUCACAUGUAGAGAUGUUCAAUAGUCUUUUUUUAUUAAGUAAUUUUUUUCAUGUUGGCAUGUUUUCUUAUGAAGUGAGUUAAUCUACUCGAGAGAUGUAAAAUGUUCUCAACUGAUACCCGAGUGUUGGAUACACUCAGUGACUUAAAAGCAAGACUUCUUUAAAAGCUUUUUCUUGGCAGCUCCAGGUCUAUAACUUUAGAUAGUAAAUGGUAGUAGGACUAAUAGCUUUAGCGGGAGAAUGAGGAGUGAAAAAUGUAUAGAUCCGAGGUUGGCCACAAGUAAGGAAGGAUGGCCAAAUGGUACACUUUGGGUAUUUGUUUUCUACCUCCUAAAAAUGUAGCCUAAUUUUAGGAUUUAAGUCAUUAAGGUAAUAAGUAUCUUUACCAAAAGGUCAUGACUGUCACUUUUGUUCUAAGAAUUAUUUUUAAAUGUUUUUCUAGUUCACCUCAUACUUAUUACCAGUAUAUGUUUCAAUUUAUUUAAGAACUUGUUGGGGGAAAAUGUCAGCAAUAAGCCUGACCCUUCAGCAGGGUCUGACAGAAAAGUUGGAAACAAAGCCAUGGCUCUCUCUUUGGGACCCUUAACUUCUAAGUCUUCCACAUGAACUUCAGACCAAAAGUCAGCUACGUACUAUCCACCCCCAAAGUGAGUGAUUUGUUCCCUGUGUUUACACUGUCAACUGCAUGGUCUUUUUACUACUUAAAGCUAAAAUUAUUUAAUCUCAUGAUGGUGUUCUUCCAUAUGGCAUUGAGCAAAUAGAUCUGUUAUAAAACAUGUUCCUGUUAUGUAGCUCACAUUUUCUUUUUGGAAAAGAUAGAGAACAGCAGAUCUUCAUAGCCUAUAAACCUAAGAAAAACCAGUUGAUUCGUUCUGUGUCUCAGCAUCUAAAGAGAAAGAAGUCUUUGUUUUUUGGUGAAAAUUUAAACAUUUUUCCAUUCCUGAAUUCAUCAUUCUCAUCUUGUUACACUAGAUGUGCCAGCUUUGUUUCCACAUUCCAACUCAGUGUUUCUUGUUACUUAAUUUGAAGAUCAACGAUUCAUUUACUCUUGUCACAAACUACAUGUCACAUUUCUGAUAUAAAAUAGAACUAAGUAGGAGAAAGGGAUGGAACAGAAAUUUAGACCAUACCUUCUUGUAGUACUGACUAAAGCUUACACAUAUUCUACUCAAACUGAAUUUAUUCUAAUUUUGGAUUGACUUUUUAAAACCACAGCUUUAGUAGCAACAAUCAGAUUGCCCAAAUAUUGCCUUUUCCCUAAAGGAGAACAGUCUCAAGUAAAAGUGGCAUAUAACUAGCAAUAACUGAAUUGACUGGUUGUAUGUAUACUGUUCAUUACUUUAGUGCUUUAAGACUGGUGUGUGAAUUGCUGUUUCCAAACUCUGUAUAACUUUUAAAUGGCUGGAACUACUCUUAUAUGGACUAGACUGUAUUUUUGACAUGCGCAUAUUUUUGUAACUUAAAAAAAUAAAAGUUGCCUUUAACAAGUUUUCUCAA